GUAGUCUACUUCACUGCCACUUUCCCUUACCUAAUGUUGAUCGUGCUGCUAAUUCGAGGAGUCACACUCCCUGGGGCUUUAGAUGGAAUUAUAUUCUACUUAAACCCAGACAUUUCCAGAUUGGCUGAUCCUCAGGUAUGGAUGGAUGCAGGCACUCAGAUCUUCUUUUCAUAUGCCAUAUGCCAAGGAUGCUUGACAGCUCUUGGCAGCUACAACAAAUAUAACAACAAUUGUUACAGAGAUUCCUUCAUGCUUUGUUUCCUGAACAGUGCCACAAGCUUUGUGGCGGGCUUUGCCAUCUUCUCUGUCUUGGGCUUCAUGGCACAGGAACAAGGUAUCCCCAUUUCAAAAGUGGCUGAAUCAGGUCCUGGCCUAGCAUUUAUUGCUUAUCCCAAAGCAGUAACCAUGAUGCCUGUAUCCCAGCUGUGGGCCUGUUUGUUCUUCCUUAUGUUGAUCUUCUUGGGGCUGGACAGUCAAUUUGUCUGUGUUGAGAGCUUAGUGACUGCCAUUGUUGACUUGUUCCCGGAAGUCUUCCGUAAGAAAGGACGUAGGGAGCUGCUGAUCCUGGGCAUUGCUGUGAUCUGCUAUCUCAUUGGCUUGCUGCUGGUCACAGAGGGCGGGAUGUACAUAUUCCAGCUGUUUGAUUAUUAUGCAGCCAGUGGAACGUGCCUUCUCUUUCUUGCCAUCUUUGAAGUCAUCUGCAUUGCGUGGGUUUACGGUAUGUAAGGCCUCCAAUUACAUGCAGGCAAUGUUUCAUGCCCAGGGCUCCUUUUGAGAAUGAAGACAUGUUUGACACAGUAGAACUAGAUGUGUCAAGACUGCAUGGCUCAAUUGCAUGCCUGGGAAUUCUGAGAAUUGUAAUCCAACAUACCCAAAAGGCAGCAGGUCCAAGCAGACGUUAUUUCUUUCUCUUUUGGUCAGUCUUUUUGCAUCUCACCUUUUACCUCUCAUUUAACAAUGCCUAUUCCAAUUCUUUUAGUGGGAUAAAUCUUCUGGUGCAUACAUUUUUCAGUUCAUACAUUAGACAAACACAACUCCUGCCUGCUUCUGAUGCAUAAUUUUUUCAUCACACUUUAAACAACAACAAGGGUUAAGGCAGACAUUUGGACAAAACUGUUCCAAAUC